AUAAAAAGAAAAACAUUAACGGAAUACGGAAUUUAAUCAAAAUAUUUAUAAGAACUCGAGUACACUUACCCAAUGCACUCAUGGAUUCAUACAGAAGAACAGGUGUUCCUUGUGGUAACCCAAAACGUUUCCAGAGCAACGAGGUUACUCGCAUGGGAGAGGGUGACGCGCGUGGGGCAGGCCCCGUCCCUCGGAGGGAUUUAGCAGGACCUGUGGAGGAUAUAGAGACAGAAGGACAGAAACGACUCAAGGAACUCCUACAGAAACAACUCCGCACCAGUCUCACAAGACAACAAAUUGCUCAGGGCCGGAAUUUUGUGGGCGGUGCUCUCUUCAAAUCCGCCACCGACGACCUUUCUGGAGUGACGUCAUUGGCCAAGUUCCAGACGGUAGGGGAAAAAGACGCUUAUAUACACGAGCUGAAGCAGUGUGGUCUGACGGAGGAGGAAGUCAUUCUCAAGUUACAGACAGACAACCUGAUAGACAAACAGAAUGAGCGGAAGAGAAGAUACGGCGCGGACACAUCUUUCUAUAGAGAUAGACUGGAGGUGAUCGAAGAUAAAAUUAGACGAAGGAACGAUAGUUUGUCCAAACCAGAUACGUUCUGUGAUCAGAAGGUGCUUAGUCGUCAUGAGAUGGAUCUGGAGCGCGCUCUAGUGAAGGAUGACACGGCGUCACGAAACCUCUCUACAUCUCUCAUCACACAGGCCGAAAACAAACUACAUCCUCAUCCGGAUGACCCUAUGAACCACCUCCCCGAGAUCUUAGCUUCUGUCACAAAAUACAAACUGCACAGACGUGGACGACAGAAGGGGCAGGAUUCGGAAGUAGAAUUGGAUGAAUGCAGUUUUCCAAAAGACAGACAGUUUUAUGAACAGGAAGAUUAUGUUUCUGAGUCAGAUAACGGACAUACAUGUGAUCGUUUAUCAGAGAAGUUGGAAACACGUAUCGGAGAAAAGAACACACCAAUAGAAACAAUGGCGAAAGAAGUAAAAGAGGAUUAUACCUCAGCACGUGACGGUACAAGUGAUAUUGAUAAAGCGAAUUCGUUGUGUAGUAACAGUAGGGAACGGCAUGGUCACGUAGAAUGGGUGGCAGAGGAAUACAUCGUGAAGAACCGACUCACUCCUGAGGAGAUAAGACAAAUUCCAAGAUUUGAGAACUAUUCUCCCGGUCUACAAAGCAAGGUGCUGUAUAUUAAAAACCUGUCCAAUAAGGUGACCGAAGAGGACCUAGUGGCACUGUUUAUCAGGUUUCAGAGCGAAAAUGAGGACAAGCUUGUCUUCCGAUUGCUGACAGGGCGGAUGAAGGGACAGGCGUUCGUCACGUUUCCAAGUGCCGAAAAAGCCAUGUUCGCAAUGCAGCUAGUCCAUGGUCUCAAAUACAAAGGCAAACCAAUGAUCAUCCAGUUUGGACGAAGUUCGAAACAAAUAUGUUGAUGUCUUCUGGCGUGUUUCGCUUAUAUGUCUGUGUGAUAUACAAUUAUACAUAUCCGGUUUAUUUCAUGAACUAAACAAUCGCAAAAGUGUUUUUUAGUAAAGACUUAAUUUCUUUACUGAAUGAAAGCCUAUUUUAUACGAUUAUUGAAACAGGUCCAGAAAUUAAAAUACUGAUUAUUUUAUAUGUAAUGUCGGAAGUGUAUAUAUUUAAAAACUUAAUCAAUGUAUUGAAAUAUUCGUCAUUGUCCAGUCGCAAUGAAACAAUAAUACAAUGUUUUGAAAAAAAGGACAAUUUAAAUUACUGAUCAAUAACUCAAGAAUGAAAUCAACCACUACAUACAAGCAGCAGUAUAAUGCUACACUCUAACUAACUCAGGAGAUCACACAUUUUUUCCAGAUCCCUUGUUUUAUAAACUGCUUUUAAAACACCUCUUGCAAUUGUUUUCAUGUUACUGAAUCUGCUAUUAGAGACUGCUCUCAAAGUGAUCUUGAUAUAGGUUUGACUGUAUUUGAUAUGUGGCUUGAUACCUACAUGCAUGCAUGUACUGCUAUUCCUGCCGUAUUAGACACAAACGCCGAAGUUACUGACUACUGUACAAUAGUACAUGUAUUUUACAAAUUCCGAAAGACAAUUUAACACACUGGCAUAUGAUAACAACAAAUAAUGUGUCUUGGAUAUACUUUAUUAUAGUAUUACACAAUCCUCCUUUCACACUCGAUAAUAAACAGGUUUAUGUGCAUGUUAACUUAUUCAUCCCUGACAUUGUAUAAAGAACUAUUCUAACCUUUGAAUGGGAAGAGUAAAAGUGUGUCUUCAGGCCUAAGGAUGAAUGAGUCAACUAGACACAAAAAACCAAUCUUCAACAACAAAAACAAAAAACAGCAACACCUUCAGUGUUUGAUACCAUUAUCACAGGUAUAAUAUCGGUCAGUGUAACGGCACACGAUCUACGAUACUUCUGACAUAGAUAUAUGUCAGAAUAACAUCAAUUAAAACAUACAAUAUGCUAUUGAGAAAUAAAUUACAAUCAGCACUACACGUGAUUACAUGUCCGUGGACUAUUUGAAAUGUGUAAUAUCCUACACUAAAAUCUCGAAAAUUGUCACGGAAAAUAUAGAUCUUAACGUCUCUACAAAAAGUAUUGGAAUUCCCCUUGUCUUGUCAAGUGAUUUGCUGUGAAUAAUCAUGAAAUAUAUCAACACAUCAAAUUGUCACUUGAAGUGGUAUGAUAGUCGAACGGCGACUAUGCCAACAUCAUAUUUACAGUCUUUAAAAUAUGUCAAACGUUGCUUAUAUUUUAAAGUGCAAUCAAAUUAUGACGAGCCUGAAAGUUAAACAUACACUUCUAUAACUACCCAAAACAUGGCACGACUAACUUCGAGAUUUAAGGGUUAUAUUUAUUUAAAAUUGCGUGAAUAUGUUUUGAUUUUAUGUGAAUUCGAUUAUCUUGACCUUGUGAGAUAUACAAAAUAUUAACACGUUUCGAUGUUCAUCAUCAGAAUUGGGCGAACAAUGUAUCUUUCAAUCAAAACGAAAAUAGGUUCAUACAUUUGUUUGUAUAACAUCAUAUAGUGAGUAAAUGGCUCGAAUUUAUUAUGGCUCUGAUUCUAAGUAACAUUUACCAGUUACAUGUAAAUACAAAAUGUUGCAUACAACGAUGUCAAUUGUUUUAAAUUGAAAAUAAUGAAGAUUAUUUUGAAUAUUUAUUCAAACGUGUGUCAUACAGAGGUACCUUCAUAGGCAUUGAAAUAAAUCGACCCCUGAAUAAGUUUUUUUUAUAUCUAUUUAAUUAAUAUAAUAUAAUCUAUUUGAGUAAAUAAUUAUAUCAGCGUCAUUUAGGAUACAUUAUGACGUGGCGCGGUCAGUGUUUCUUGUAAGAUCUAGACAUAAUUGAUAAUGUUCUUGGAUAUUUCUCCCACCCUUCACAGGUGUGUCUCCCGUUUUAGCCGGGAAAGAUCAGCUUGUCACCCCCUAGGGGGAGUUAGUCUCGUGCCGAUUAGUACGUGUUCAAUUGUGACGUCAUUAAAAUGCGUCAUCGGUAAUUAUGACGUCAUCAAAAGUGAAUGACGAUACGCAUA